CGUCGGUGGAUCGCGAGUGAGCCGCGAGUGAGGUCGCGAGUGAAACGCGAAUGCUCGCGCGAGACGCGGCGUAACGCGCGCGCGCGCGCGUGCUGGCAGUGCGGGAAGCGGACACUCGUAUGUCGGUGACACACAGUGUGCGUGGAUCACGUGCGCGUGUAUAGCGACGAGAAGAGGCGAUCGUGGUGCGAGAACGAGGAGGAGCAGCGGAUACGUCGAAGCUGGGAGGAACGUUGAAUGAAUGUUGUUGCAAAGGGCGACUGUGAUCGUGAGAGUAGAAACGGUGCACGGCGUGAUCGGCCGAUUUCAAUUCAUAAAUGCGCCAGAGGAGGAGCCCACAAUGGUGGCUCGGCUCCCGCAACAAGUUCUACUGCUGCUCGUACUCGUCACUGGGACGGCCGCGGAAGCCACACGCGAGACAGAGGAGUCACCGUGGAGUGCCUACGACGCGAGAAGGAGCGGUCGAACGUUUGCCUGGUCCUCCGGUACGGAACGUACCACGGGGGAGACGAAAUCUAUCGGAAAGUUUCGCCAGACAACUUCCUGGCACGCGGACAGCUCGAGCUCCGGGGAACGAGUCACGCCGGAAUUGCUAAAGCCGACCAGCGAGAGCCCGGACGAGGACGAAGAGGAGGAGGAGGAAAAGAAGACCGAAAUGCACGGGAAUGUCGAGGCGACGUUUGGAAUGAGGGAGAACGAGACGGAAAGAGGGAAAAUCUCGAGUCAAAAGCCGAGCGUGUCUUCGAGAAGUACAGCCGACGCGAGGCAGAAGAUAAAUUUAUCCGCCUCGCAGACGUUUAUCCAAUCAACGCUGAAACGAUCAUCGAGCUUCGACGAGCACGUUCUUCCCACGAAAAGUUUUGACAACAUAGCGGCGACGCAAGGGUCAAAGUUGGCGGCCGAGUCUCGGAAAAAUCGCAAAAGCACCGCCACGACGCCUACCCCAUCGAUGGUGAGCGAGGUCAUACGUCGCCAAAUGAGGCACGUACCAGACGUGUGCGAGAAAUUCAACGUCGGCGACGAAACUAAACAGGAAUUUUACAGUCCAAACUACCCGGACCACUAUCCGAAUCUCACCGAGUGCAUCAGGGUUCUCGAAGCCAAGGAAGGCAUGCUGCUGAGGCUCGACUUUCGAGACGAGUUCAAGCUCGAGGAGAGUCCCGACUGCCGUUUCGAUUACCUCGAGGUACGUGACGGCCAGCACGGCUACUCCAAUCUCCUCGGCAACUUCUGCGGCACGAAGUUCCCCCCUGAGAUCACGUCGAAGACGAGAUAUCUCUGGCUGCGAUUCCACAGUGACGAUAGCAUCGAGGACAAGGGAUUCAAGGCCAUCUGGAGUAUGAUACCAAGACCGACUUAUCCGGGAGUGCCACCGGAACCCGAGCCGUGCGUGCAUUACGUGAGCGGCGUCGAGGCGGUCAUCAGCAGCAACGACGUGGCAGACAGGAAGUCUCUGUCCGAGAAGGAGGGCAUCCCUCUGGACUGCAUGUGGAACAUCACGGUCAAAGAAGGAUGGAAGAUUCAGCUGACGUUCUCCGAUCCCUUUAAACUGCAACGACCAAACGAGUGCGACGCCAACUUCGUGGACAUAUUCAAAGAACGCACUGACAUGUCCUCGAGAGAGAAGAAUUUCUGCGGCAGCAUCGCCGACACCGUCCUCAUCGGGACCAAUACCGCCUUUGUCAGGUUUUACGCGGAGCCUAAAGCGUUGAACAGCAGCUUCGAGGCCGUGAUGACAGCGCUCAGGGACAGGGAUCCGGGAGACAAGCCCUGCCUCGAUAACGAGUACUACUGCGAGGACGCAACGUGCAUCGCCGCGGAAUUGCAGUGCAACGGGAAGGUUAAUUGCCGUUUCCGAUGGGACGAAGAAGAUCAAUCUUGCAACAAGAAAAAGUCGCGCCUCAUCGACUCCCAGCAUAUCAUCAUUAUCCUGAUCGUCUUCUCGCUGAUCAUGUUUGGCUUGAGUUUCGCUCUGGUCUUCAACUGUGUACGAAAGCUGAUCCGGGAUCAUCGAAUCAUUCGGGAACACAUCAGACAGUCUAGAGAAAAUCGAUUAGACGAACUCGGUCGUAAGGCAACACCCUGUCCAAUCUCGUCUUCCAGAACAGAUAUCGGGGACCGAGGAAGCGACUCACCGAGCCUGGAAGUGAUCCCGAGCAAGGAACUGUUACCACCCACUACCCUGCUAGCGCAAGAUUACGCGAAAGAUCUGGUACUGGAGAUGGCUUACAAUACGAGGGACAUGAACGACAUCCAUCAAAGUAACAAUGUCAGUAACGCGACGCAGGAACGUCUGCAGGAGUCUAACGAGGAGCCAGAGAUGCGCGACAACUCUUGUCAGACGCGGGAAAGUCUUUUCGAGGCACGGAUCUCGGAUAACGCGAUGCCUAUAGGGUUCACGACGUUCGGCGUUCGUAGUCCGGGCUCGCAAAAUGGGACCAAUCAUCUUCACCAUCAUCGUCAUCAUCAUCUUCAUCACCAUCAAAGUCCGCCACAGUCGCGUCAAAGCUCUCAGCCCACCCAGCACAGCGCACACCAGUCUUCCGAGCACACCUCCCAGCAAGCAAGCUCUCAAUGCUCGGGUUGUAGCCCGGCAUCGAGAGGUCGAGACGGUAGUAUGGGUGUUUGUCCAAAACACAACCCAAUCCCAGCACCCCCGGGCUGGUCGACUCACGAAUCGGGUUAUCCAUUACCUGCGCAUCAAGGUCCCACUUACUCAGAACCACCGGAUUAUCCGUCGUACCAGAGGUUUCAAAGCCCGAAACCGAGCAGAGAAAACAGCGCCUAUCGUCAGUCUCCGAAAUUAGCGAGGCAAGGAACGAUUGGCUCAGGAGAGAGGUACGGCAGUUCCAUCUACGGGUCUGGACACGGGUCUAGCAACACGUCGAGCACGCAACACUCCGGCACGCCGAAGUGCCCUCAGCAAACAACAGCGGACCCUAGGUACAGAGCAGAGGCGGUGAUAGAGGUGGAUCAGAGGCGACCUUUCAGUAUAGAAAGCACAAAAAGCGCACCGGACGUAAUAGCGACGCACUGACGCCGGGGUCCUGGGGAUUGGGAGCCCUACAAGAGACGCCAUCCCCGUCAAACUCUCGUUGAUCCGCAGUUGCCUAGUGGGAACGAUAGGAACAAAGUUACCGUAGCCACGCAGAGCUCCUUGGACGACGAUGCUUCGACCAGUUCCACGAUAGAGGCCAACUCGUCCUCCUGAUCCACGCAUACUGGCGCGAUCAGUCGACCCGAACAAUUGGACCGUACGGACCCGGAGGAUCUUAA